GUGAGCAGAUUUUUGAGACGUCCCAGAGUAGUCUAUGAAGCCAUUUCUGUUUCCGGUUUCGGAGAGAAAAACCGCGGAUAUCCAUCCGUGACGUUUAACUCCUGCGACUCUCGAGGGUUCGGCGUGCUUCUGGGUGAGCUUUCUCGGGUUCCGGGAAGGACCUCUGCUCGGGAAACGUCGAAAUUCAGAAGGGUACCUUCUGAACUAUACGAGCAGCGUACGGCGCGUCCUCGCCACCAUGACGGACCGGUACACGAUCCACAGCCAACUGGAACACCUUCAGUCCAAGUACAUCGGCACCGGCCACGCUGAUACCACCAAGUGGGAAUGGCUGGUGAACCAGCACCGUGACUCGUACUGCUCCUACAUGGGCCACUUCGACCUCCUCAACUAUUUCGCAAUCGCAGAGAACGAGAGCAAAGCGCGCGUGCGCUUCAACCUGAUGGAGAAGAUGCUGCAGCCCUGCGGUCCUCCGGCUGACAAACCCGAGGAGAACUGAGCUCCCAGGGCCCUCCCGACAGCCGCCUCUCUCCUUCCUGAGAAUAGAUCUCAGAUCCUUUUGGUAACCGCGAGGAUAAGCCCCACAGAACUCUAUACCUUUUUUAUGCCCCUUGUGGAAAGGCGACUCAUACUUCCCGCACGUCAGUUUGGCAAGUGGAUCCGUAGCCCCAUACUCUGUGCCGGGGUCUGGGACUGUGAAACUCAAGAUGUGCUUACGCAGCAGCUCCGGAGCGGGGAGAAACCGAGAAAACUCGAGAGAUUUGGGGGUGCCCCACACACGUCCACAACUCACUCUGAAGUUAAAACCAACUUACGGGCUUGGCAGAAUAGCUGCAACGAAUUGGGGGAAGGGGGGACGGAAGCGGGGAGGCCUCAGAAGGCCUAUAGACCACAAGAAUCUAAGGACUUAAAGAGUUUGAAGAGACUUCACAUCUCAUAUCAUCCAGGUUGUUGUUGUUUUUAACCUAGGGCCUAUAAACUUGUGCUUCAAAUGACUUUUGAUAUCUGUAUUUCGAUGCAAUUGGUUUCUUUUAUAAUCGUAAUGUAUUUUGUUUUGUGCAUAUGAAAAUAUUCUGAGAAUACUGUAUUCAGGGCUGCUAUAACAGUUUGCAGCACAGACACAAGAAAAGGUCAAGAACAUCUGAUUAAUCCAACAGAUUUAUUUUAUUUAUUCAAAAAUUGGGGUUUAGAAAGGAAGCCAUUUACCUAAGUUCAAAAUAAACAUUUGAAUCCACAUCUAA